AUGAACAGGGUAUGCCUACUCGUGGCGAUCUACUUAGCCCUUUCACACUCUAGCAACAGUGUAACGGAGCAACACACGGCAGCCAUAAGUUUCACUCUCCAGAGGAGAAGCAACGUGUGCGUAAAGAGCAGGAGGGGAAAAAGUCACAAAGGAAGUGCGUCCCUCCCACGACCUAGCUUAAGCUUCAAACAAAUCAGCAUUGUAAAGCGACCUGCCAAGUUGUGCAGGUACCUUUUCUGCAAACCGUUCCAUCGACGCGGAAGGAACACAUGUGUCCAAGAUGGAGAACAACAAUUCAGAGAUGCAAAGAAGGGGGGAAAUAAAACAACCUAUGUUUCCACAGCGCUGUCUCGAACUGGGCGCUACUACAAGGGAGGUUACCAUGUAGGGAAGGCUUGGUUCCUUUUUGCAUUACACGAGGGGGGUGCAGAGGACAGGAGGGGCAUGAGGAAGCAGAAAAUUGGGGCUUCCAAGCAGGGUGGCAACAACGAGCGUGAAGAAGAGGAACUGGUAACAGGGGGAAAUGAUUUGGAGGAGGCGAACAAACGAGAGGGCUCACCACACCUGAGUGGAAGGGGCCGGACAGAUGGCACGCUCCACCCGAACGAGGAGAGACUCACCAAAGCGAUGCAACGAGCGGAGGAUUACAUCAAGGGGAAAGAGGACGACGUGCUGGAAAGGAGAGAAGUGCAGAAGAAGAAAAAGAUCAUUGAGAAAUUAAAAGGACAGGAGGACGUCUUCUCGGAUAAGUUUCUGGACCUUGGGGUGUAUGAUGUGUUGAAGCAUGUGUACGAGGCAGGUCUGUACGCUGACUCGAAGAGUUUGGUGGAGGCCGUGUGUAGGUGGAUGCGCAGGGCCUACACGGCGGGAGCCUCGGAAAAGCGGCCAAAGGAGGGGCCAAAUGAGAAGAGUUCACCCCGGACGGACACUUCACCCAGGAUCGACACUUCACCCUGCAUGGAUACCUCCCGCGAGGUUCCCUACCUCGUGGAGAAAGAUCUCGCAGAUAACUACAGCCGAGAUGGGGGGGAAAAAAUCGUCAACCACUUCCGCUUGGAUCCCCCAGGGGAGGAAAAGGGAAGUGAUGAGAUGGAGUCGCUCAAGUUGUACAAUAAAAAGAACUUGAGGAAGUAUUUUUUCUCCCUGAACAGAGGCAACAUCCUAAAACAGCUGGUGACUGAAGGGGAGGACGAAAUUCUGGAGCCUACGGAGGAGUCUCCCCAGGGAAGGGAGGAGUCAAAAAGACACGACGAAAAGAGCGUACCAAACGAACAAGUAAAAAACGUUUUAUCCUCCAACAGCCUCCUCAAUUGCGACUUGGAUACCUACGUCGAUAGCGAGAGGUACCUAAAAUCCAACGUCACCAUCGAAUUCAACAUAUAUGACACGUUUAGCGACCGAGUGAUUCUAAAUAAUAAGAACACAAAUUCGACCAUGCUGGAGUUUCCUCUCAUGUAUAGCCACCAGAUUAUACAGAAAUGCAUUUUAACAAUGAAGAAGCUAGAGAAGGCCAUCUUCUACAUUAACAAUACCUUCCUGUUUGGUCUCUUCUCCCCUCAAGAGGAACCCAUGAAUGAUGAAGACAGACGUGUAUACGAUGUGCUUACCAGUGAGACCUGGGUGAAGAUGGAGAUAUACCUCUGUAAUAUUUACAGGAUGGAUGAGAAAUGGUUAGGCAUCACUCCGGAGACGUUUGCCGAUGAGGCCAAAGCGAACAGUUUUCUGCAAUCCUACUCGGGGGGCGCGACGAGCAACUUGGUUUGCAAGCCGGAGGGGGGACAACUAGCCACCGGGCAAGCAGGAGAGUUUCCCACCAGGUUGGAGGAGGAUCAGAUUGCCAGGUUGGAGGCGGAUAAGACUUCCACGAUGGAGGCGGAUAAGACUGUCACGCUGGAGGCGGAUAAGACUUCCACGUUGAAGGCGGACCAGACUGCCACAUUGAACGAAGAUGCCCCCCCCGCUGCUACCACUGCGGCAGGUGCUACCGAUGCUACCGCGGUUACCGCUACUACCGCUGCCACAGAUGCCUCCUCUCCGCGCAGGGCCGAAAUAGAGCGGAGGCGAGAGGAGUACGAAUCGAAGAAGGACAUCGCAAUCAAGAGCGAGUUGCUAAUGAAGAAGCUGGAAAAUGAAAUGAAAUAUGACCCGAACCACUACAUGUGGAAGGACCUCUACCCACAGCUAGACGACCGAGGAAAGGAGAGAACGGACAAAUACUUCAAAAAAUUCGAAAAAGAGAUGAGCGAAAAUAAGUGUAGCCGCGGUUACACAGAUAACAUCAAAAAGAAGCAACAGUUAAAAGGUUAUGACAUCGGAGAGAAGAUCGAAGGUAGAGCAAAGCAUUAUGUGUGGCAAGAGACAAUGUACGCGUUCGUUCUGUAUUUCCCACUGCGACCAUACGUCAGAAAAGAUGAUAUCAACAUCGAUAUGGACAAUACAUUUUUCUUCCUUUCAAUACGGGGACAUACCGUUGUAAAGGAUUUUUUCAACAAGCCAGUUAAUGCUGCCGACUCGAUUUGGUCCCUCACUGACAGGGAAGAAGACGUGGUGGUAGGAAGUAGCUCCAUGCAGAAGGGACAGGAAAAAAUAAGUCGAGAUGAAUUCCCCCUGCUGGCGAUUACCCAUACGGAUGAUUCAGAGAUCCAAAAAAUGAUGAAGUGGAAAUAUUGCCUCGUCUACAACAUAUACAAAGACAACAAUCACAGGUACAUGUGGGGAUCCAUAUUUAAGGCGUCCUGA